AUGAAUAAGCUAAUAUUCUCAUUGAUUCUUUUAUUUGUUUGUGCCUGUGGGGGUUUCCUGUGCAAUAUUAAAGUGCAUGUGACGACGAGAAGCGAUGAGCCGGUGGAAGUGGUGGCAAUGUUCUCGAAUAAAACGAAACAUCGCUUUGUCCUUAUCGAAAAAGAUGACAUGGAGAAUUUCACGAUCAAUCACGACAAUUGCGCAAAGAAGCCAACACUUUUGCGGGUUUUUGAUAUGGAUUCGCAGAAAAUGGGGGAAACACAAGCGUUUAUUGAUGGAUUUGGGCAAUUAGUCUAUACGAUCCAAGAACAACAAUCGAUUCCACGAAUGGUUUCACGAAUCGGCGUUUCUUGUGCUUUUGGCGACUGUGGAAUGAGAGGGAAA